AAAACGUGAAACGUGCGCGAAAACAAAAUAAUGCUGUUAAAGCUAUUUAUAUCUCUGCUCCUAGUGCAGUAUUCGAUCGCCAUUUGUGAUGUGUGUCAGUCUGGAAAGGCAGCUUGUCAUAGUAAAAACACCUAUUCGAUAUGCAUUGCUGGUGUACCAACAUUGAAUUUUAUAACAUGCCCAGCUGGGUAUACGUGCACUGGAGAGAAGUUCAUUUGUUAUCCAGAGUCUAAGGGCUACCAACCGAUCUGUAAUCCCUCUGAUGACGGCUUAACGACACAAGCAAGCACAAUCCCAACAACUUCAACAACCUUAACAACUCCAACAACUACUUACACUCCAACAACUACUACAACUCCAACAACUGUCACAACACCAACAACUAUUACAACUCCAAGAACUACAACACCAACAACUCCAAUAACUAGUACAACCCCAAGAACUACUUCCACUCCAACAACUACUACAACACAAACAACUACAACUACUUCAACUCCAAUAACUACUCCAGCCUCAACAACUACAACAGAAGAUACAAGUUCUGAAACAUUUUGCCAAAAAAAUGGCAAUGGCAAUUAUGUUAACGAAAAUGAUUCCAGUUGUAAAACGUUUCUUCGGUGCUAUCGUGGAAGGGAAACUAUAACCGAUUGCCAGCCAGUUAAUAAUAUAGAAACCUAUUUUAAUGGAGACAAAUGUACGCCUACGAAACCAGAUUAUUGUACAUAGAAAUGCACUUGACUGAAUAUAACCGAAAUUGUAGGA